CUUCAUACUGCCCUAAACCUAGAGGUCUCUACUUCUUCUUCUUCUUCCUAUAAAUACCAUCCAAUCACUCCCCUUUGCCCAAUCAUCCUUCGCCAACUCACACAAACCCACAACGAAGCCAGAAAAGGGAAUCAAAAUGGAGAGCAAGAGAAGCUGUAGGAGGAGGAUGGUGGCGGUGGUGGUGCUCUCUCUGGUGGCCGCCGCCACGGCGUCGGCUGGUCCGUCGACGGGUGAUCAAGGCGGAUCUGGGUGGGCAUGGGCUGGCCAUGGAGUAGCAUUAACAAGGCCGAGUGCGGCAUGCACGGGAUGUUACCGAGGAUGUUUCAGCGAGUGCAUGGCGGACAAAGGUGACCAGCUCAAUACUAUCGACCCUUUUGUUUGCUCCGCGGAGUGCUUUGUCCACUGCAUCUUCUCCUUCUACAUGCCUCCUCUCAGCGCGCACUCACUUUGCACCGCCGGCUGCUCCGUCUCCAGAUGCUCCAAGUUCAGCUACAUCGGUCACCCCAAUACAGGUGAAGUUGGGAGCUGCAUGGAUGCUUGCUCCAUCGGCUGCACUAAGAAACAUGAUCAGUUUCCCUAAUUUUCGUUUGCAAGAUGGAAAGCGGAUCAAUGUCGUUGGAGGGUGCAUGCUUUAUUUAUGUACUCGUAGCAAGAAUAAAAGUUUGUUUGGGGUAGUUGAGAUUUAUAAAUAAUCACAAAGAAAUCAUGUUUAUAAUAAGGAAUAAUUGGAGCAUUAAAUAUUGUUUAUUUAUUCGGAUGGGAUUUUUAGGUAUUCAUAUGUAUACAUAAAAAAGUUGAAAUAGUAACCGAACGAGAGUACAAAUGUUUAUAUAUUUCUCUGCUCACAAUACGUGA